AGACAUUUAUGGGCACCGGAAGAGUAACAUAACAUAAAAUAUAUGUACACAACACGCCAGUCUCCUUCACUGGAUCUUCGAACUAUGAACUCAAAACUCCACAGAAGAAGCUAGACAAAAAACGCUCACGGAUUUCUAGAGAGAGAGAGACAGAGAAACAUACAAAAUUGAGUUUCGUUUUGCUCUUCAUAGUUAUAAUAAUGAGUAAUUGGUUGGGAUUCUCUCUAACUCCUGAUUUCAGAAUCGAUGAUGAAGAAGAAGUAAAUACACAAAAUCAAGCUACUGGAAAUAUUGACUCUAACUCACUAGAAUCAACUCCUUUGUCGGUCAUGCCUUUACCCUCUGAUGAGUCUCUACGUAUGAUUGAAGAUUGUUGGAGGUAUGAGAAUCAUGAUAUGAGUACUGCUACUAACCCGGAAGAAGAAGGCCCGAAGCUUGAAGAUUUCUUAGGAUGCUGUUAUUCAAAUUCUCCACCUCAUGAUGAACAACAAAUUGGUGAAAUCAACGUUAACAUUCCGCCAAGCUUAAAUCAUCACUCUGAUCACGAACAACACCAGCUACAAAUUGGAGCAAACAUGAAAUUAAUACCUUCUCAACAGAUGAUGUUACCAAAUAAUCAAUUUCACAGCUCUCAUGAGCUCGCCACAAAUUCUACUGGUAGUGUUUAUCAUGUGCCAUUUGAUGGAGCUACUUCUGUUUCUGGAUUCAAAUCGUGGUUACGCCAAGCUGCUACUGCUACACCAUCAGUUGAAGAAAUUAGUGCUAGCAGUUGCCAAGCGCUUUCGCUUGCUACUGCUCCGAAAAAAAGGCCGGUAACUGUUAAAAAUGUUAGUGGUUCAAGAGAACCGGCACCGCGUAAAUCCAUUGAUACUUUUGGACAACGAACCUCUCAGUACCGCGGUGUCACAAGACAUCGGUGGACUGGAAGAUACGAGGCUCAUUUGUGGGAUAACAGUUGCAGAAAGGAAGGGCAAACUAGGAAAGGCAGGCAAGUCUAUCUAGGUGGUUAUGACACGGAGGAAAAGGCAGCUAGAGCAUAUGAUUUAGCCGCUUUAAAAUACUGGGGUCCAAACACGCAUAUUAAUUUUCCCCUAAACACUUAUGAAAAGGAACUGGAGGAGAUGAAAAACAUGAAUAGACAAGAAUUUGUAGCACACUUGAGAAGGAAAAGCAGUGGGUUCUCAAGAGGGGCAUCAAUGUACAGAGGAGUAACGAGGCAUCAUCAGCAUGGGAGGUGGCAAGCCAGAAUUGGGAGAGUUGCAGGCAACAAGGACUUGUACCUUGGUACCUUUAGUACUCAAGAGGAAGCAGCGGAAGCCUAUGAUAUUGCUGCGAUUAAGUUCAGGGGGACAAGUGCCGUGACCAAUUUUGAUAUUAGUAGGUACGAUGUCAAACGGAUUUGCUCAAGCUCAACCUUAAUUGCUGGAGACCUAGCCAAGCGCUCCCCAUCAAAAGAUUCUGGCAUCAGCCCGUCUUCAUUUGAAGACUAUAAGUCAUGCACAACUUCACCUCAGCCCAUUUUGGCCAUAACAAAUGGGGAGCAAUUGCAACAGCCCAUAGAUUCAUUCAUGGACAUGAUGCCAUUGAUGGCUGCUGCAGGAUCAAGCAGCAGGAGCUCUUCUGGUGCACCAAGUCCCAAAUGCUCUGGCUCUGGUGAAAUGAGCUGUGAUUUUGGGGUCGGAUUAGAGUAUCCUCAGGCUUAUUAUUCAUCCGUAGUUCAAGAACACAAGUUUGAAGAUGGACACAAGGGAAAUGAUGAUAAUUCAUCGAGCUCAGGCCAAAUUGGGAAUAUGGACCUAGUUCAUCCAGUUCCCAUGUUUGCAUUAUGGAACCAAUGAAAAUUGAAUACCAAGACUAUUUUAAGUGUUUGCAUUCGGUGAUGAAUGAUGAUACAGUUCUAGAGAUUAGUCUUGCUAGCUCCCUUAGUCUAAACCUUCCUUCCUGGGCCAAAGAAAAAGUAAAAUCUUGAUUUCUACCAUGCUUUAGAUUAAGAUUUUUAGACGUUUAGACUGUUUAGGAUAUAUUAAUUCGAUGGCAAUGAAACAAAGAUUGAAUGCAUUCAGCUAUGGAGCUCUUAGUCAGUCUGUGUGAUCAUUAAACAUCUUAGGUUUAUGUA